AUGGCGGCGGCCGCCGCGAAAGGCAACGCCGGCUCUGCAGCGCCCCUCGGCGCUCGCGCGCCGGCCGCCGCGAGCCCGCGGAGACAGCGGCGGAGCAGCGCCGCGCGGUCAGUGGGCGCCCGCGGCCCCGGCGCCGAGGCGGCGUCAGGCCCCGCCCCCCGACGCGCGGGCGGGGGGCGGGCGCCCCGGCGGCCAAUCAGCGCGCGCCGCCCGCCGGGCCCGCCCGCGCCGGCCUCGGGAGCCCCGCGGCGGGAGGGUGGCCUCGCGGGAGGACCGACGCGGAGCCCCCGGCUCCGCCGAGCUCUCUGCCCGCCUCCCUUUCGUGGCCCCGGUCUCCUGACCUCGAGGCCCAGGCCUGAGGGGCCGUGGGCAGAAACUCGUGAGGAGAAGGGGGCUGCGCGCUGUGCUGAGACUCAGCCUUGCCUCCGUUGCCUCCCUGACUUCUGGUCAAGCCCGAGAGCAGGAGCCCCCGACAGGACAUCCAACAUGGGGAAAGAAAGAAAUGAACUCUACAAAGUGAGCGACAAUUUGGUGCUAGAUGGAGAGCAUCUAAGGAAGGAAAGCAUCUGCUUGGGCCUGGGCAAGUGUAUCAGUCAGCUCAGCUGCGUAACAAACUACCUCAGGCUGGGUGCCUUAAACAACAGAAAACAGAAGUCUGCUACUGUUCGUUCGGAAACUCUCUCCCAACUAAAGCAGAAGGAUGAGCCAGAGAACAGUGAACCUGGUUCCUUACAACGGGGACACUACCUGCCAGGUGUGGACGGCCCCAGCUCCCCGCCUGGCAUCCUCCCCUCCAUCUGUCCAUCCAUUCCCCAGAUACCAGAGCACCUACCUCGAGACGUGCACUGUUGGCCCUGGGACUUCUGGGGUGGGCAGGACGGGCACACUGCUGCUCACUUGGAGCUCACGAAACCCUGGGGGCGGCUGCUGCUUACCAGUGAUGCAGGCAGGCACCGUGAGCUCUGGCAGGGCAGGGCAGGGCGAUGUGCACGCCACCAGCGGGAGAGUCACAGGCAGGCCUGGGGCCAGCAGGAGUCCACAGGAGUGGGACAUUUAGACGCGAACGCCUCCUUCCCGCAGACCUCGGGGCUGAGGCAGGAACUCUCACUCCUGCUCCAGCAGGGUGGGCUGUCGGUGGACCCGGGGCAGGAGGGUGGUCACCUCUGGGCCCCUGGGUGUGGCUGUGGCAAGGACGGCAGAGGAUGCUGGGGAGACCUCAACGCCGCGCGGACCGCGGGGCCGGGUGUCUCAUGGGGUAAGGGCCAGGUCAGGAAGUGUCCCCGAGGACAGAGGAAGCCCGGCAUGGCUGGCCUGGCGGAACGGGACAGCUUCGGGAGGAGGGAGCCCCUGCCUCUCAGGGGACCCCGGGGCUGCAAAGCUGAGAUGCUCAGACCCGCCAGCCGCUCUGAAAGGUCCUCGAGCCCAGGGUCCCCACUCACGGCCGCUGGUCUAGCAGCACCAAAGUCUCCGAGGGCGAGGCUCGGUGGCAUCUCUGUGUCCUCUGACUGCUUCCGGCAAUGGGCGGCGGCUCUGCCUCGCCUAGGGCUCCGAGGCCCGCCCUUCAGCGACUCCGCAGCGCCUUCUCUGAACUGGAGCAGACGUGGCAGCGAUGAGAGGGAAAGCCACUCAGGCCCUCCGGGUGAGCUGGUGCUGCUGGCACUCACUGAGUUGGGGCUAUGUUUCAAGUCACCAAAACGGCUUUACAACGAACCAUUCUAG